AAAAAAAAAAAAGAGGCUGAGCUUUAAGCCAGGUCAUUGGCUGAGGAGAGUCCGGCCGGAAAGCGCGAUGGCUCCGGAGGUCAGCGCACAUUCGCUUAUAAAUGUAUUGCAAACAGACCUUCUGGCGCGGUGAGCCACCUGCACGGAGACGACAUGAGCGACUCCGUGGUCGUGUACAGGGACAUUUACACGGAGGACCGCUUCAAACAGGCGUACGGCUCCGACGACGCGGCGGGUGGGAGUUUGCGGCUCCGGGACAAGUUGGCCGGGAGGUGCAGGUGUUCGAAGCGAGCCUGCCUUCACCUUUUGAGGCAGAGAGUUCCCAUCUUCGACUGGCUGCCCAGAUACAGACUAAAGAAAUGGAUGCUGGGAGACACCAUAGGGGGCCUGACAGUUGGCAUCCUCCACAUCCCGCAGGGCAUGGCUUUUGCCUUACUCACAUCUGUGGCACCGAUAUUUGGCCUUUACACCUCUUUCUUCCCCGUGGUGCUUUAUAUGUUUUUUGGCACAGGUCGCCACGUGUCCACAGGUACCUUUGCUGUGGUGAGUCUGAUGACUGGUUCUGUGGUGGAGCAGCUGGUUCCCACUCCUCUGGAGAUGAACUCAAGUUCGCCUGAAGCGGCCGACUUUGAGGCCCAGAGGAUCGGGGUUGCUUCUGCUGUAGCGCUCCUCUCGGGAAUUAUUAUGCUCUGUAUGUUUGCUCUCCAGCUGGGCUUCCUCUCCACCUAUCUGUCCGAGCCAAUUGUCAAGGCUUUCACCAGCGCCGCUGCCUUCCAUGUUACCGUAUCCCAGCUGCAAAGCAUGCUGGGGCUGCGGCUCCCUCGCCACACGGGGGCGUUCUCCCUCUUCAGGACUUUAGCGUCCGUGAUGGAGAACCUGUCUCACACCAACACGGCCGAGCUGCUGAUCUCUUUGUUUUGUUUGGCUGUUCUCGUGCCAGUUAAGGAGAUCAACAUGCGUUACAAACAGCACCUGCGUACUCCCAUACCCGUGGAGAUCCUCACGGUGAUUAUCGCUACGUGUGUGGCCUAUGCCUCCUCGCUGGACUCGACUUAUGACAUCGAGAUAGUGGGCCACAUCCCAGCUGGAUUCCCGAGGCCGCGGAUGCCCAACCUGAGCACUUUCCCUGACAUCGCCGGGGACACCGUGGCCAUAACAUUUGUCGGUUAUGCCGUGUCUGUCUCUCUGGCAAUGAUCUAUGCCGAUAAACAUGGAUAUUCCAUACAACCCAACCAGGAGCUCCUGGCUCACGGUAUCUCCAACACGGUGUCUUCUUUUUUCACGUGCUUCCCCAGCUCCGCCACCCUCGCCACCACUAAUAUACUUGAGAGUGCUGGAGGAUACACACAGCUCUCCGGGUUGUUCACAAGUCUGGUGGUUCUGAUUGUUCUGCUUCUGAUUGGCCCGCUGUUCUACUACCUACCAAAGGCAGUCUUGGCAUGUAUCAACGUCACCAGCCUCAGGCAGAUGUUCCUACAGUUUCAGGACUUACCCGAUCUGUGGAGAAUCAGCAAGAUUGACUUUAUGGUUUGGGUGGUGACCUGGCUCUCUGUCGUGGUCCUCAACGUCGAUCUUGGCCUCGCUAUCGGAGUGGUCUUCUCCAUGAUGACCGUCAUCUGCCGCACACAGAGGGCUGGUUGUUCGGUGCUUGGUCGGGCCAGCAAUACGGAAAUUUACAGACCUGUGGAGAAUCACAACAAGUGCUAUGAGAUUCCUGGAGUGAAGAUCCUGACGUACAACGGGCCGAUUUACUACGGCAACCGUAGCUUCUUCAGGGAGGAGAUGAGUCGGCUGCUGGGCCUGACGCCAGAGAAGAUCCGCAGCUGGGAGAAAGCCAGAAAAGCCCUGGAGAAAAGGGAGAGAGAGUCCACCGUCAGCACUGUGGAUAGAGGAAUUGCGAAUACAUCGUUUUCUUCAGAAAAUGAGUUCUUUAAAUCUGAGAAAUCUAAGAGUGAUGUCGAGGCCGUGCUAAUUGAUUGCAGCAGUGUGACGUUUGUUGAUGUUGCUGGAGCAAGACUCUUCACACAGAUAUGUACUGAGUGCCAGAAAGUUGGAGUUCAUGUGUAUUUGUCAAACUGCAAUGAGAGUGUCUUGAAGAUCCUAACAUCAAGUGGUCUAAUGGCCUACAUGAACCCUCAGCAUAUUUUCGUCACUGUUCAUGAUGCAGUGAUGUAUAUUCAACAACAGAAGGAAAAAUCUGCAGAGAACACUACGACUGUCUGGGUAUGAGCCAGGAGGACAGUGACGAGUCAUGCUCCCAUCAAACAGUCUUGGACUAAGAAGACCGAAGAGGGCAAAUGGUUGUUAUACUUUUAGUUGAGACAGAGUCUCUCGGCUGUAUAGCAGUGCUCCAAUAUAUAUAUACACAUCAGUGUUUUAAAGAAAACAGUAGCCCAUCGCGAAUUACAAUAAUUAUUAUAUUAUUUUUGCAGACUGUCACGUAGUCAGAAGGCAAGUAAGAUAAGGCAUAAAAAAACGACUCUCCAAUCUAGUGUAAAAAGAAAGAAAAAAACUAUUAUUUUUUGUCUAAUGACUAUAAAACUGUAUAUGAGAUGUUUUUGUCUUUGUACAUGCUGGAACAUUAGCAUAGCAAUAUUUAUUUAGUUUCUGUUUGUUGUUUGCAAAACCGAUGAAUAUAAAGUGCACUGAUUUGUUUGUUAAAUACUAGUACUACUACUAAAUACGGUAUUUAUAUGUUUAAAAGUAUGUGCUCGAAUAUGCAACCAUGUAAAGUAAUUUCCAACUCACUAUGCCUUAAAAUAUCAUCUCUAAAAACUCAAGAAACUCCACAACAUCUGUGUUAUGAAAUUACUUUUGUAUUUUUCAGCAACUGUGCCAUCCAGUGGCUGUUUUGACUGUUUAUAUGCUGUAAAAACAACUUUUGGGUGAUUCAUAAUGGAACAUAUUAAAUUGGGUUAGGU